AUGGCAAACGCUGUGUCGAAUAAAUCGGUUGCCGAGUUCUAUGCGAAGAAAUGUAUAUUUCUUACUGGAGGCACUGGAUUUUUGGGAAAGGUAUUUAUAGAAAAGCUGCUCUAUAGCUGUCCAGAGAUUGAUACAAUUUAUAUCCUGAUACGAGAGAAAAAAGGACUUGACAUCAACCAACGAAUCAAAAAUCUCUUCAAUGAUCCACUCUUCGAAAGACUGAAAGACAAAAGACCACAAUGUCUAGAAAAACUAGUUCCAAUAUCUGGAGAUAUGAAUAGCCCACAAUUGGGAAUAUCUCACGAUAGUGAGAACACUCUAGUCGAAAAGGUAUCCGUUGUAAUUCAUGCAGCAGCUACCGUCAAAUUCAACGAACCUUUAAAAGAAGCGUGGCAAACAAACGUCGAAGGUACCAGGAUGGUUUUAGAGUUGGCUCAGAGAAUGAAACUAGUAGAAGUGUUUCUGCAUGUAUCGACAGCUUACAGUAAUCCAGAUAGACAGGUUAUUGAAGAAGUUUUAUAUCCAGCGCCUGCUAAUAUCGAUGAAAUACAGCAGCUGGUUAAAGGAGAUUUGACUGAUGAAGAUACUUUAAAAAUUAUAGCUGGACGUCCCAACACAUAUACGUUUACCAAAGCGUUGUCUGAACAUUUAGUUGCUGAGAACUUACUGCAUAUGCCUACAGUCAUCAUCCGACCUUCUAUUGUGGCUGCAAUUAAGAAUGAUCCUAUAAAAGGUUGGUUAGAAAACUGGUACGGAGCGACAGGCAUGAUGGUCUCCACUUCUAAAGGCUUGAAUCGAGUGUUCUAUGGAAAAUCUAGUAAUAAUGUGGACUUGAUACCAGUCGACUACGUGGCAAAUUUAGUGAUAGCAGCAGGUGCCAAAAAUUGCAGAUCAAGAGAGUUAAAGAUCUACAACUGCUGCAGCAGUGGCUGCAAUCCUCUGCCAAUUGGGAAAGUUAUGAAGCUGUUUAUAAAGAAUUCUGAAAAAUACAAAUCGUCAUGUAUGCCGUUUCCUAAAAUGUAUACUUUUACAAGACGGAAGUGGCUGGUUUCACUUAUCACUCUGCUGUUUCAAGUGACACCUGCAUAUAUAGCUGAUUUAUUUAGAAUACUUGCAGGAAAACGGCCGAUGUACGUCAAACUUCAGUCUCGCAUCAUGCAAACCCGUCUUGCCCUGAACUACUUCACGAGCCACUCUUGGAUUAUGAAAGCAGAUCAUACACGAAAUUUAUUUUUAUCACUCUCAGCUUCGGACAAAAAAACUUUUCCCUGCGAUCCUACUUCGAUAGAUUGGCAGGGAAUACUUCAAGGAUUAUGCUUGGGGAGUACAAAGGUUUCUGGAAAGAAGACAUAUGUUCAGUAA